AUGAUUGAAAUUGAAAAGAAGUUUCACUUCUCAAGAAAUUGGCUCACCGAUGAGGAGAAGGUUCAUCACCCUCUAUCGGAAUUGCUUGAAAAGAGCCAGUUCCUGAAAAAACAAACAUUUGUUGAUGUUUAUUACGAUACUGCAGAGUAUUCGCUGACUUGUCUAGAUAUUUGGUUGAGAAAACGAGAAACACAAUUUGAAUGCAAAGUGCCAGCGUCAUUCAUGAAAGAGUAUGAAUAUUAUUACAGCAAUAAUAUUUCUUCGUUGGAGUUAAUUGAAAAAGAACAGAAAAAGCUAUUAAACGCAGAACAAACCGGGAAUGGUAGACAACUUGUAGAUCAAUAUAAAGAAUUAACUAAUUAUGAGGAUAUUGGGAAGUUUUUAAAUUAUAUUUUAUUUAAUCAGGAGUCUUCUCCUGAGUUGAAUGACAUGAUGAAGAAGUUAACUCCCUUUGUUUCAUUGCAAACCACUAGAACCUCGUAUCUGUACGGCGAUGAAUUUAAAAUUGACUUGGACGAAUGUUCCUGUCUCUUUCCCAAACAAAUACUAAACGUUUGCGAUGUUGGAGAAAUUGAGCUUAUGGUAUCUAGCGAGAAUGAAAUAGAAAUCGCUUCUCACAAAAUCCUUAAGUUUUUCACACAAUUUAAGCUUGAUACUUCUCUAGUGAAAAGUAAAUUGUUUACAGCACUUGAAAAAACAAAUGUCAAGCACAUGGAAAUUCUUCAGAAAGCAGGAGUUCUUUUCAAAAGAAUGGUGAAGUGUUAG